GGGGGGGGUCCAUCCGACCCCCCCCCCCCUGCACAUGCGAGGGUUAAAGCACAAUUGCUCGGUCAAAACACGGUCAAAACACGUCUUCAUUUUAGUUCGUAUCGCCAAUCUGCAACUGCAGAUGCCAGGUUGACUGAAAGGUUUGCGUUUGUUAUGUUUUGAUCCUGAAUCAUUAAUUUUGUGUCGUCAGUUUUCAUGUCCUACGAUGUGCCGUAAUCCCGAGUGCAACAACCGGACGCGCUUUUCGCUGGACCUGGAGAAGUCGCGGUUCGUCGACUACCAGAAGCUGCGCAUUCAGGAGACUCAGGCCGAGCUGCCGCGCGGCUCCAUACCAAGGAGCGUUGACGUCAUCGUGCGUGCCGAGGCGGUGGAGUCAGCUCAGGCUGGUGACCGCUGUGACCUGAUCGGCACCCUGAUCGUGGUGCCGGACGUGGCCUCCCUGGCCACACCGGGCGCCCGUGCCGAGACCUCUGCCAAAGUCAGAGCGGACGAGUCGGAGGGCGUGCGCGGCCUGAAGGCGCUCGGUGUGCGCGAGCUCAACUACCGUACCGCCUUCCUCGCGUGCACGGUACAGCCGGCGUCCGGCAGCGGCUCCGGUGGCGAGCUGAAGGCCGAUCAGCUGACCGCCGACGCCAUCAAACACCAGAUGACCGAGGCGGAGUGGAGCCGGGUGUACGAGAUGAGCCGCGACCGCAACCUCUACCAGAACAUCACAUCCAGCCUCUUCCCCACCAUCCACGGCAACGACGAGAUCAAACGCGGUAUCCUUCUGAUGCUGUUUGGUGGCGUUGGAAAGGCGACCGGCGAUCACACCACGCUCCGUGGAGACAUCAACAUCUGCAUAGUGGGAGACCCCAGCACGGCCAAGUCUCAGUUCCUCAAACAGGUGACUGAUUUCUCCGCCCGAGCUGUGUAUACGUCCGGCAAGGCGUCCUCGGCGGCUGGUCUGACGGCCGCCGUGGUUAAGGACGAGGAGUCACACGAGUUUGUCAUCGAGGCCGGCGCGCUGAUGCUGGCCGACAACGGCGUCUGCUGUAUCGACGAGUUCGACAAGAUGGACGUCAAGGACCAGGUGGCCAUCCACGAGGCCAUGGAGCAGCAGACCAUCUCCAUCACAAAGGCGGGAGUGAAGGCCACCCUGAACGCGCGCACCUCCAUCCUGGCGGCGGCCAACCCGAUCGGCGGCCGAUACGACCGCACCAAGUCGCUGCGUCAGAACAUCACUCUCUCGCCGCCAAUCAUGUCUCGGUUCGACCUGUUCUUCAUCUUGGUCGACGAAUGUAACGAGGUGACGGACUACGCGAUCGCGCGGCGGAUCGUCGACCUGCACAGUCGCAACGUGGAGUCGAUCGAGAGGGUCUACUCGAGACAGGAGGUGGCCCGCUACAUCACGUUCGCCCGCACCUUCAAGCCCAAACUCACCAAGGAGGCCUGCGAGUUUCUGGUGGAGAACUACCAGCACCUACGGCAGAGGGACGCCUCCGGCUCCGCCCGCUCUGCCUGGCGCAUCACCGUGCGACAGCUCGAGUCCAUGAUCCGACUCAGCGAGGCCAUGGCCAGGCUCCACUGCUCAGACAUGGUUCAGCCGAAGCAUGUGAAGGAGGCGUACCGGCUGUUGAACAAGUCCAUCAUCCGCGUGGAGCAGCCGGACGUGCACCUCGACGAGGAGGAUGAGGAUGAAGAGAUGGCGGAGCAACCGGAUGGGGCAGAGGCGGCUCCCGUCGCCGACGAGCAGCCGACCGUCAACGGAAACGGUCACUCGUCUCCAUCCAGCGACCCGCAGAACGACCAGGAAAAUAUCCGGCCCACCGAACAGAAGAAGAAACUGCGGCUCACCUACGAUGAGUACAAAACCAUGUCAAAUCUCAUCGUGUACUUCAUGCGCAAGAAAGAGGCAGAAUUCGAAGAGGUUUCCGGCGAGGACGUGGGUGUGCGCCGCAGCGACGUCGUCGACUGGUACCUGCUUCAGAAGGAGGUGGAACUGGAGACGGAGGCGCAGCUCCUCGAGAUGAAGGAGCUCGUGGAGAAGGUUCUGGACCGGCUCAUCUAUAAGGACCAGAUCGUGAUCCCGCUCACCCACACGGGCCUGAAGGGCGCCGGUCACGACGAGGACAACCCUCUGCUGGUGGUGCAUCCCAACUACGUGGUCGACGAGUAGCCCGGCGCGCCGUCCGCGCGCUGUGUGAGUGGCUGACGAUUCCCGACUCGGCCGCAGUCACGCUGUGUGCUGACCGGGACCCGGGCACGAGUCCGAUCGAUGAUCUACAAACCUGAUGACUUCCAUUUAUUAGCAGUCCUAACGAGGAUAUUCUACAGAAGUGGGAUUGUGGGCUUGAUAAUCUCACCUUCGAAUUACCAAUGAAAAGUGAAGAUCUCUUUGUGAAGAGUUCUUCGCGGCCUUCCAGCCGCGGUAAGGUGCCUUUUGCUGCUGUUAGUUCGCUGCUACCAGUCUUCGAGACAGAGUGGAUGUUAUUCCCACCGCUUUGCUCUUUGACUGCCAGUGAAUUGCCAUUGGCUGUCCCGCAAGUGAUGUUAACAAGAUACCUUGUUAAGCGUGUGCCAGGAGUCGUCUGAGCGGGCCUUUAGUGGGCGGUGCCGCGGGGCGUUAUAGCGAUUUACGCGUGUGUAGUUGGCUACUGCGGCCAGCUGCCAACUAUUGGGUGCCUUUGCGCUGCCUUGUGAACGUACAAACAGCAGAUUACGGUGAUGCACCAGUUGUAAAAGGUGAAUGAACCACUCGUGAGCGGCGGCUGCGGCGUUUGAAAUAGUGUUCGUGGCGGUGGACACCGUGCCGCUUCAGUCGGGACUUCCAUUUGUAUUUCCGUAUCAAGCUACAUUCCGGCACUUUGUAAGAAUUUGAAUACAUGCAGUCGUUUUUU